CUACGAUGGUGAUGUUUUGAUGAGAAAGUACUGUGAAACAGACCACAAGAUGGAAGCCAAGGUGACAUCUGAGCCCAAACCCAACGGUGUGAAGAAUGGAGGGGCAAGGAUUGUUGUGGACGAUGAUGAAGAAGUUCUUAGCCCAACCGACCUGUCUGAGAUAUUGGCCAAGGGGACCAAGGAAUCCCACGACAGAGCAGAGAACUGCCAGUUUGUUAAAGAUUUCCUCAGAGGUCGCAUCAAGAAGGAGCUGUUCAAGAGGGGUACAGCAGCUCUAUACUUCUACUCAGCCAUGGAGGAGGAGAUUGAGAAGAACAGAGACCACCCUCACAUCGCCCCAAUCUAUUUCCCCACAGAGCUGCACCGGCGCGAGGCCCUGGCCCGGGACCUGGAGUUCUUCUAUGGAGAGGACUGGGAGAGCAAGGUCAGCCUCUCUGCAGGGACCAAGCCCUAUGUGGACCGCAUCCACAAGGUGGGAGAGGAGGACCCGGUGCUGCUGGUGGCCCACUCUUACACCCGCUACAUGGGUGACCUCUCAGGCGGACAGAUCCUCAAGAAAGUGGCCCAGAGGGCACUGAAGCUCCCCUCGACAGGCGAGGGUCUCAACUUCUACCAGUUUGAGGGUAUCCACAGCCACAAGGGCUUCAAGCAGCUUUACCGAAGCAGGAUGAACGAGCUGGAGCUGGACGCUGAGAGCAAAGAGAGGAUUGUGGACGAGUCUAACCGGGCCUUUGGCUUUAACAUGAUGGUAUUCACAGAGCUUGAAGAGAUUGGGAAGACUGUCAAAGAAGAAGUCCAAGAUGCAGGUUUUGGACACGGUCAUGCAGAGAUCAUGGAGGGAGGUGAUAUCAACAAGUGCCCCUACUAUGCAGCAAAAAUGGCUGCCAGUGGAAAUCUCGCCCACACAUGCCAGUUAGCCAUGAUGCUUCUAAGACAUCCACCCUGUCAGGUGGCUCUGGCCGCCUGGGUGGCAAUCCUCGCAGGUUUCACUGCCUGGUACCUCAUGUAAGCUCGUCCUGCCAGUCACCUUUGAGCAAAGAGCAGAGGACACUGUUGCAU